AUGUCUGCGCACAGUGACAUAUCAGCAAGCAAUGUUAACCUGCAACGGAAGGUGACCCUACUGAAUGCUGUGACAGUUAUCGUGGGUUCCAUCAUCGGAUCUGGGAUCUUCAUCUCACCGGUCGGCGUGUUGUCUAACAGCGGCUCGGCCGGGCUCUCAGUGUUGAUCUGGGCGGCCUGUGGUGUCAUGUCCCUGGUAGGUGCACUGUGCUACGCCGAGCUAGGCACCACGCUGACCGCAUCGGGAGGAGACUUCACCUACAUCCGGACAGCCUUCGGCUCUCUGCCCGGCUUCCUGUACCUCUGGGUGUCCAUGAUGGUAUCCUUUCCAUCCCAACAAGCCAUCAUAGCCAAGACUUUCGCCAACUAUGUGUCACUACCUUUCUUCCCUGAGGUAGAAUGCCCACCGUCUGAGGAGCUCCGUGGCAUUCUGGCAGGGGUCUGCCUGGUUACCCUGUCAAUCGUUAAUGGGUUCAGUGUGCGGCUAGCUACGCGUGUUCAGGAUGUCUUCACUCUUGGCAAGAUCUUGGGACUGCUUCUCAUCAUCAUCAUGGGUAUCAUACAUCUCGCCCGAGGCACCACCAGCAGUUUUCAAGACAGCUUUGAUAGCGUGCCUGGCCAAGCAGUGUCUCCUACUGGAAUCGCACAAGCUGUAUAUGCUGGACUCUUUGCUUACGGUGGCUGGAACAAUCUGAAUUUCCUGACGGAGGAACUGAAAAACCCCAACAGGAAUAUGCCUCGUGCGAUCCUCAUAGCUGUGCCAUUGGUAACUGCCAUAUACGUCCUGGCAAACAUUAGCUACUUGGCAGUAAUGAGUCCUCAAGAAAUGCUCAUUUCACAAGCAGUUGCGCUGACGUUCGGCAAGAAAGUCUUAGGAGCAGCAUCCGUCAUUAUGCCCAUAGCGGUUGCCCUGUCCACGUUCGGCGCAGUUAACGGUAUGCUCAUGGCGAGUUCACGGUUGAGCUUUGUUGGAGCCCGUGAAGAGAAAUUACCACAGAUCCUGGGAAUGAUUCACGUGGAACGAAAAACACCUCUGCCAGCCAUUAUAUUCAUGUGUUUCAUGUCACUGAUGUAUCUCUUGGCGAGUGACAUCAAUCAGCUACUGAACUACUUCAGUUUCGUGUUUUGGACUGGUGUCGGGGUCUCGAUCGCUGGAAUGUUGCUGCUGCGUUGGCGAAAACCAGACCUGGAGCGACCACUAAAGAUGCCAUGGAUCCUACCCCUCGCCUUCAUUCUCAUCUGUGUCUUUCUGGUGGUUUUCGGCGCCAUCGGCCAGCCCAUAGACACGGUGAUCGGCUUCGGUAUCGCACUCAGUGGUGUGCCCGUCUACUUCAUUGGAGUCUACUGGACCAACAAACCCAAAUGGCUCCUGAAUUUCAUAGAUGCUGUCACAGUGAUGGUCCAAGGAGUGCUCCUAGUGGCACCGCAGCAUUUGACGAAAAACGAAUGAAACAUCUUCGACCUCACGCGACAAUCCCCUUUUGAAGGCUUAAGUUUGGCAUUAUGUACAUUGCCUUUAGUUCUCUUUUGCCUUCUACACAUAGGCUUAUACAUAGCAGACGAAAUAUACCGAACAUCAUCAUUCAGUGUUAAUUCACUAUCUAAUCAUUAAGGGAUUCGGAAGCCUUGGCUUUAAACUCCAUGGGCUAGGAGUGGCUCUCAUGAUCACCGAUGAACCAUGUCAUAAUAUCAGUUGUAGAUCACUUUGUUACAGUGUGUUAGGUCCGACAUUCAUCCAUUUUGUGAAAGCUCUUUUUUUGGGGGGGGGGGGUUCAAUAUAUCGAUGACGACUUCGAAGUCUGUAACAUUUUGACGGAUUAUGGUUCCUUUGUAUCAUUUCAAAACUUGGUUUCGCUGUCAGCAUUCAAAACUAAGCUACAAAUCCGUCGCGGGUUAAUGGUUAAAGGCCUGCACGUCCAAGGUGCAUAGGUAGGCCUAGGCCUACACCUCACCACAUUAUGGAGCUAGUCCUCGCCAGCUUGUAUCAUCAAAAUAAUGUGUUUGGUCUGUUGAUUAUAUGCAAUGUACACGUAGCCUACGUUAGUAAAGAAAUGUCCCUACGUUAGGUAAA